ACAAAAUUCAAACAACCGAAAAGAAGUCUCUUUCUUGGGCACAUUAUUUGGGUGUAUUAUCAUGGCCAGAAGCGGGGAAGGCGGGACACCCCCAGUGGCGCCGCAGCCUGGUUGCGGUGCGCAGCUCGUGACGGAGGCCGAGACCCAAACGACGCCCCAGUACUCCUUCAUCGACGCGGCGCAGGAGGAGCCAGCCACGCCCCCGUACUCAUUCAGUGACAUCGAGGAGCAGCAGGAGCAGCAGCAGGGGCAGCAGGGGCUACCACCGGACUACGAGCGGCACAAGAAGCGGCUGCGUCACAGCCUGCCGGUCUGCUGCUGCUGUGUGGAUCUGCGUGUGGGCUGCUGCUUCAUGGGCAUCUUUGAGAUGUGCACCUCGGCGCUGUGCCUGCUCUUUGGUGAAAGUAAUCUGCUGCUGUAUUUGGGUCGUCUCGGCUACCUGGCGUACCUCAUCGGAUCGGCCAUGCUGCUGGUGGGCACAGUCCUGGAGUGGCAGUGCCUGGUGCGGAUCUACCUGUUCGCGAAUGCGCUGCACCUGCUGCUGUGCCCCAUCUUCGUCGUGCAGCAUGCCCUGAGAAGUUGCUACUACUGCUACUUCGAAAUAAUUUUGCUCUCCCUGCUGUUGGUUCUGGGCCUGUAUUUUGAGCUGGUGGCCUACUCCUAUCUGGUGCACAUGCAGUGGCAGCAUUCCCGCUUCUACACGCCGUUUGGCAGGAUGGCAAGGGGCGGCGUGCGCAGAAGCCGCUGGGAGGACGUUGAGCAGGAGGCGCCGGCACUGGAGAGCCAGGAACAGAGCGAGCAGCAGAGCCGUAGCCAAAGCCGUAACCAGAGCCACAGCCAUGUGGACUUGCUUGAGGAACCCUCGAAUGAACAACAAUCAGUGUUGUGAGGCAGCGGGCUUUAAGGUUUGACAUUUUUUCCUAUUUUAAUUAAAUAUUUUUUUCAUUA